AUGAGCCUUCACCCUGAAAUAAAAUACAGGCCUCUCUCACUCUCAUCUUCAAACCAAGGAUUCUCCCACUGCCUCUUCGUCUCGCCAGAGUGACAGUUAUCGGGGCUGAUGGGUGGAAGCUGCCCGGAGGGGCAGUACUGGGAUGGCUUGGUCAAAGAAUGCCUGUGCUGUCGUUUGGUAUGCGAGCAACCGCAUGUCAGCAGCAGGUGCAUCAGUUAUUGUGAGUCUGCACAUUGUAAGCGGCAGCCUGGUCACUACUAUGAUGUGCUGCUGAAGACGUGCAUGAGGUGCGCCGAGGUUUGUGGCAAACAUCCAGCAGAAUGCUCCGGACACUGCCACACUACAUCAUAUCCUGUGACCGCGACAAUGCUGGGGGUUAAAGUAACCUCACACCUGCCGAACUCCAGAGGGCUCUCUGUGCCGAUGGCCCUGGAAGACUCCACGCUCUUGCUCUACUCUCUGCUGGCUCUGUGCAUGGUGCUGCUGUUUUCUAGCUUGUCUUUAGCCCUGGCUGUCUUACUGAGGACGGCCAAAAGCUCCAAACCGAGACCCAGCGAGGCCAAACAGAACCUUGUUGUGCAGCCAGGUGAAAAGGUCGGCAUGCGAGGUGGGCAGCUGGCGCCCACUUCCAAAGAUCUUGUAACAAGUUCAAGCUGCCCUCCGAACCGCAUGCAGUCAGAUGACUCCAUCCCGACAGAGACGUGCGUGUGCAUCCAUUGUUUCCCUGAUCUGAAAGCACUAGGCCAAAGCAAUGACAGGCCACCGCUCCCUUUAAACCAGCAAGCUGUCCUCCCCGGAGUCCAGACCAUGAAGGGCAGGCCUCUCUUCACUGAGCAGAGCCUCCACAGUCCAGGAGGGGGCAGCAGUGAGAUGAGGUCCAUUUACUCCCCCUCAUAUCAAAGUGCCUCACAGCAAAACUGGAAUGGAUAACCACGUCCCCAACGCACCAAAGAUGCUCAUCAGUACAUAAGAUAACAUUUGAUAAUCCUCUCUCUUCACAACAGGUACAUUUCAGAUGUUACAGCAGCAAGAGAUCAGUCAAAAAUAGACAAGAUUGCAAGUAAACAUGCAAGAAUCGCAGGGAAAUGUAAAAAUAUAAAUGGAAUAGACACAAGUACAUACAGUGCUAAAACAGAAUAUAUACAGUGAGAGAAUAUUUACAGUGGAAUACUGGAUUUUUGUUCAAAUUUGAAGUGAAAAUAUUGUCUCAAAGCAGUUUGACAGUACACUGACUAGGAAUUGGGAGAUAGGGCCUCUUUCAUUCCCACUCCUCAGCCUGAACGUCUGCUAUGGACUAUGUAAGUGUAAAACUGACAGUUGGUUGCAGCUUAAAUUUUGGUCCAGGCCAAUGUGUGAAAGGUGAAAUGACCAUUUCACACAAGCACAGCAACAGCCCAGAAACCUUUGAUUGCUCACCGACUGUUUUAUCAGUCAGAAAGGCACCAAAUCUACAUUUAUGACUCAUUUGGGUUUUUUUUUUCCACAACAACACAAAUUCAACAGUAAAUUAGGAAGCACUGAAUGGUCGAAUGAAACAGUGUGUUCAUCUAGAUAAAGGAGAACUCAUAGUAAUAGCACAGUGACUCAAUGCUGGAGAACAGUCGGCUGCUUGAAUGAAGGGCAUCAGCUCUCCUGAACCACCCCCCCAAAAGUGUUCUUUUUGUUACCACCACUGGGAGUCGCCAAAGUCAAUUUCAUAGCAGAUACUGUCUGUACGUAUAGGCCCAGAAUAUUGUGUGUACAUGUGUAAUAUAAAAAGAACAAUAUGUUUCAUGUAUGAGAAAUAAA